CAGCAGUUACACAUAUGACAGAAUUUACAUUUGCUUACCUCAGACGACUGAACAGAACUUCAGAGUAAAGCUCGCGAAACCAGCUGAAGAGAGGAGUUUUUUUCCCUGGUCAAUUUCAGAUCCUGAAACAAAAAUGUCGACAGCUAUACCCAUAAAUUCUUUUGUCAUCCAGCUGCAACAACCAAUACCAACAACAACAGUGCGGACUGAAACAAGUGCUCCUGCGCCUGUUUAUGUCCAACAAAUAUCAGGACUUUCACUUCAUGGACUUGAUGCAUUUCUAAAAGGCCAACCAAAAAUUCUUGGGACUGUCCAAAUAAUGAUUGGUCUGAUGACUCUCCUGUUUGGCAUUGUGGCUACAUUUCAUGCAGAAUCCUUCUUUGUCUUUAUUGGUGCUCCUUACUGGGGAUCUAUCAUCUACAUUAUUGCAGGCUCACUCUGCAUCGCUGCAGAAAACAAACUUAAUUCACCCUCCAGUUACUGUUUGGUGAAUGGUUCACUUGGACUGAACAUCAUCAGUACUUUAACCGCAGGCAUUGUACUUAUUUUAAUUUCACUGGAUUUGACACAAAGACCAUUCUACACUGGCCAGUACACAUGCUGCAACAAUUAUACAUGUUAUGGUACAGGAGAGUAUAAGACUCUCUUUAAGGGAAUCAGUCUUGUGUUACUGUUAUUCACCAUCCUUCAGUUUAUCAUCUCCAUCUGUCUGUCGGCAUUUGCUUGUAAAGUCUCCUGUUGCUGUUGUCCUCCUGAGGUGCCGUUAGUUCCACAAGUUUUAACUCCACAGCCCUCUGAUUUCAGAACCAGUAAUUCCCAUGAUCUUAACAGCUCAGAGGAGAUACCUGUGGUCAGCAGCUCCUCCAUGAACAACCAUCAUGAAGAACCUGAAUACACUAAUUGUGAAUAAAUGUUAAUUCUGGAAACACAUGGGUUUCCCAACGAUUUCCUGUCCAUUACCUUUAAUGUCUUUUCAUCACUUUAUCAGAUAAUAAUUGGAUUUUCUUUAGAUGUGUGUAAACAAAAACUUUACUUUCUUUAGUUUCAAGAAAGUUGCAUUAUCAUCAGUGAAAUUAGAUAGAUUGUUUUGAACAACUGUAAUUGCUUAAAACAUUAUAAUAUGUAAGAAUAAAGUAUAAAGAAGGAUAA